AUGCGCCUCGAAUGUCUCAUCACGCAGAGCUUUCUACAAAUUAUUGCUGUGCAACUGAGUCAUGAUGGUCUUCUAUCAGAGGCGCAGACUGGAUCGAAACAGAAUGACGUAGUGUUUGACAAGUUUGGAAAACCGAAUAUGUUGGCUAGUGAGCAAAGGACUGGCGGCGAGGACUACUCUGAUGAAAGCAAAGCUGCGGAUGUGCACACACGCCUUUUGAAUCAAAUUAAGAGAGCAGCACGACCUUUCCAACGACCUGUUCUGAAUUUUCACACUCCCACCGAAAUUCAUGUCCGCGCUGCAUUAUACCAAAUUUUUGACUUAGAUCAUCGAAACAAUAUAGCAACAAUAUCUGGCUAUUUUCAUGUGUGGUGGAUUGAUCCCUCACUGAGGUGGAAUGCUAGUGAAUUUAAUAAUAUAUCACGAACAUUUAUACCAUCGAAAUGGUUCUGGAAACCUGAGCUGUACUUAUAUCACAACAUACAAGGUAGAGUUUUGGAUUAUGCGCCGGAUGCAAUGGCAGAAAUUAAUGUCAAUGGUCGCUUGCGCGUUUUUAUUCCUAUUACUGUGCGUGCCCUAUGUCCUAUUAAUGUUAAACAUUUCCCAUUCGAUAUACAGAACUGUACAUUUGCGGCAAGUCGAUUUUAA